GUCAGAACCUGGAAUUGCUUUUGUGGCCAUUGAAAACACACAGUACGAAGGUCUUUGUGAAACUGUCGCAAUUGUUAUCUUUCGAUUGUAAAGAACAGCUAACAAGAAGAAGAAGCUGAAGAAGAGACAUAAGAAUAAGAGGAAUCAAAUAUCUUCAAUGUCAUCCACAACUCCGGAAAUUCGUCCAAACGCAUAUGUUGGUUUUGAUACCAUCACGACCCAGAUCGAGCACCGUUUGUUGAAGAGAGGCUUCCAAUUCAACGUGUUAGUUGCUGGAUACUCGGGGUUGGGUAAGUCUACGUUGAUCAACUCAUUGUUCUCCACACAUUUGGUUGAUUCCCAGGGUCGUAAGUCUUCACAGGAGCCGAUAUCGAAAACCGCCGAUAUCUCUGUUUCCAAGCACAAGUUGGUUGAAAACAACGUCCAUUUGAACGUGAAUGUCAUCGAUACACCUGGUUUUGGCGACCAGAUAAACAAUGACAAGUGCUGGGAACCAAUCGUGAGAUAUAUCAAGGAACAAUAUUCGCUUUAUUUACGUAAGGAGUUGACCGCGCAGCGUGAGAGAUAUAUCCAGGACACAAGGGUGCAUGCAGUGCUCUAUUUCAUCCAGCCAAAUGGAAAGGGGUUACGCUCUGUUGAUGUUAUUGCCUUGAAGAAGCUUUCCGAGAUUUCCAACGUUAUUCCAGUGAUUGCCAAAUCUGAUACUUUGACUUUAGAAGAACGCGAAGCAUUCAGAAAGAUUCUACAGAGAGAAUUUGAAUUCCACGAGUUCAACUUGUUCCCAUUCGACUCAGACGAUCUUACAGAGGAGGAGAGAGAUUUGAAUAACAGUAUUAGAGCUAUUAUUCCAUUUGCAGUUAUCGGAUCAGAGUCGGAAAUCACUAUUGAUGGACAAGCAUUUAAGGGAAGAAGAACCAAAUGGGGCACAAUUAACAUCGAGGAUAUUAACCAAUCUGAGUUUGUAUACUUGAGGGAUUUUUUGACCAGAACUCAUUUGCACGAUUUGAUAGAGACUACUGCAUUCCUUCACUAUGAGAACUUUAGAUCGAAACAGUUGACAACUUUGAAAGAGAAUGCAAGCACGAGUGCCCGUGCUUCAGCACAUGUUCCUUCUACUCAUGGUCCUCUUCCAAACGGUAGCUCUGAGAACCCAAUCUAUAAACGUGCUUAGUUAAAGAUUUAUGAUUCUGGGUGCCUUUUUUGUUCCAUC